UCAUCCUACCCCGAGUCUUUGUAAUACGAAUCCCAGUGCAUGAGGAUAGCUUUACUGAUUAUGUUGUAAUACUUCUGGCACAAUUGCGUAUAAUCCAUUCACGCCGAAUCUUCAAUGAUAUAAAGGGACGUCUGCUGCUCUUGAUCAAGCAGCAUCUUUUGAACCCGAUUAUCAUUAACGAACACGCUCGUAAUGUCGGAAUCACGUACGCCCAUCUUCCUCACAGGUGCUACAGGCUACAUCGGCGGGUUUGUGCUUGAACGCCUGCUAACCCACCCAAAUGCAAAGACAUUUGAUAUCACGGUCAUCUCUCGUCAAGAGGAGAAGGUUAAAAAGCUCGAGUCAUUUGGUGUCAAAGCUGUUGUCGGCUCCCUGGACGACUAUCCUUUGAUUGAGGAUCUCGCAUCGAAGGCACAUGUAGUCUUCGAUUGUGCCGAUGCUGAUAACUUUGAAGGCGUAAAAGCUAUCCUGCGCGGCUUGAAGAAGAGGCAUGACACGGUUGGCGAUGUGCCCAUCUAUAUUCAUACGUCUGGCACAGGUGUAUUGACCGACGAUGCCAAAGGCUUGGUCACGUCCGACCUCAUCUACGAUGACUUGAACGUCGAGCAGCUCGCGUCCAUUCCCGAUACCGCUUUCCACAGAAAUGUCGACCUCGCCGUUGUUGAUGCUGACAAGCAAGGUUACCUCAAAUCGUACAUCAUUCUGCCUAGCACCAUCUACGGCAUCGCCAAGACCCGUCUUGUCGAAGCUGGCAUCCAGAACCCCUACUCCAUCCAGAUUCCGGCAAUAAUCAAAGCAUCUUUAGCCCGGAAGCAAGCCGGUGUAGUCGGAAAGGGUGUUCCUUUCUGGCCAGAUGUCUCUAUCGAAGAUAUUGCCGACUUGUACAUUGUUCUAUUCGAUGCUAUCGUCACCAACCCCGACAAAGUCGGUCACGGACGUGAAGGAUACUACUUUGGUGAGAACGGCGAACACCACUGGUCCCAGAUCUCUCGUGCCAUCGGCGAGGCAUUCGUCCAACUUGGGAUCAGCACGGACCCUGAACCAACUCCGUUUACUGACGAGGAGCUCAUCAAAUACUUCGGUUCACUCUGGGCUGGUAACUAUUCUGGAACCAACUCUCGCUGCCGCGCGAACCGGAGUCGAGCUAUCGGUUGGAAGCCGAAACAUACUACGCAAGAUAUGGUGGCUAGCAUCAAGCCUGAGGUCGAGGCCGCCAUCAAGCAGCAGGGUGGGAAGUAAUGUAGUCUAUUGCACAAUUGAAGUGGGGAUGUUAUCAGACGAUGGAUCACGACUUGUACAGUAUGAUACCUUAGACAUUUGCAAAACUCGUUCGGAUACCGUGUGUAAGACUAGUUAUGGCAUGUAUGUUCAGUGUUGAUGCUAAGUCGAGAGAAUUCUAGUUUAUAUCGG